AUGUGGUCGGUCAAAGAGACAGACUCGGUGGCAAUAGAAGCAUUUAAAGUCAUAAUAGCCAUACUGCUUACAAUAAUAGCCAUCGUAGUAGGAAUAAAGCUUGCCUGGCGUUUAUUCUGGUACCUCUUCCUUGAGGACAACAACUUCUUCCGCGAACUAGCCGGCUUGCCCAAAUAUACAGCUGAGAGAUCGUCCUCCCCUCCUCCUGCUAAUGCCAGUCCUUUUCGAUCUUUACCUGCUUCCCCCGUGCAUUCUCGGAAGAACUCUCGGCACUUUUCCACGCACAGCACCUCAUACAAUAAAAUUCCAUUCGGUAACACUGGCGACUUUCGAGCAAAGCGUAAAGGAUCGACUGCAUCAAGUGUUGAUUCAGCUGAUAUAGAUAGUUAUGCACAUAGACGCAGUGCGAGUAGCGGCAGGUUAUCAUCUAUCUACGGAGGCCGUGGGGUUAAGCAUGCAAGGGGAUUGAGUUAUGCUGCAGGGGACACGUUGAAAUUUGAGGACAAUUAUUUGGAGGAGUAA